GCUGUUUAAACAAAACUAAAUAAAUAGUAAUUAUCAUUCACCGCAAAUUGCCUUCGUUUCGAUAGGAAAAGGUUAUCCAGUGUAGCGUUUGGUGUCCACCAGAACGAAUUUAAAAAUGCGUUCAGUGGCAAUGAUCGCUUAAGCAUAGCGUGUUUAACAGUCGAAUCAAGACGGGGAAUUGGAUUGUUUGAACAAUCUAGACACGACAUUUAACACCAAUGUUGGGGGAAAUCCUCAUGUGUAGAAGUCGAAGCCUUCGCCUGCAGUGUGCAUAUCGCUGGUUGGCAAACGGAGCGGUAGGGGGAGGGAGUUGUUGUGAGACAGGUUAGACAUUUUACUCCCAAUGUUGAAGUAAACAAAGAAUAGGAUUUGUAAUGCCCACCCGUGCUUUCCCCUAAAAGCAGGAACAACAGCUGCGCACCGGGACCCUUCGAAUUUCGCGAUCAAAUUAAAAUCACCAUUUCUAAAAAACAAUUUCAAACCCGUUGCGUUUGACUUUGGCAUUGUUUAGAAAGGACGAACCGGAUCGAGCCCGCGCUGCCUAGGGGAGAUGCGAUCCUGAACGCCCAGGCCACUUGGCCGUGUCCAAAUGGGUUAACGAAGGGCGUAAUAACCCGGUGUAGCGCUUCUACGCAACGGAUCCGCCUUUGUUUCGCUAUCAUUUGUGUCAACGAUACGUGACCACACACACACACGACCUAACGGCACAGGGGCGAAUGGCUCCCGAGUCGUGUUUGAGUCCAGUGUUAUGUUCUCUCCACUCCCCGCAUUGCGUGUCCUUUUUUUGCGUUGGACUCGAACAUAUUUGUUUUGAACACUUAAUGCACUAUACUCGUGAGGCACCCACAUCGUUUAAAUGUCCUCUUCAAAUGGAGGGAUUGAGCGUCGACCAGACGGUCCGGUCGGAUGCAUGCGAUUGCAGCCAACGUUUAAGCGACAUACGUGAUAAGAACGUAAUAAUUUGGAAAUAGUGCUGGGCAAUGAUCGCCGUUGAAUGUGAAUGUGUCUGCCCGGAUGAAGAAGGAAUCCCGGGCUAGUGUUUCAACUCCGCCUCUCGUGGGCGAUGCUUUAUUUUGGAAGUACAACCUUUGGUGGCUUUGUAUCGAGACGUCUAUGUGCCUAUUGGCUGUUGUGUACAGAAAUGGGGGACGAAGAAAGCAAAGGCGGACAUAAAUCCCUCCUACAAUAUCACGUGUACACCGACUCGCGGAAGUAGUGUUAUUUUUUUGCAAGAAAGAAGUAGUUAACUCGUGUAUUUGUGGCGAUGUGCCAUACAAAAACAUAGGCAACAACACUACCUACUUUUAUUUCUCUAGCAAAAUGAAGGUAUGUGUGCAUCGUUCUGAGGACGCACAAGUGUGUUUGUGUGUGUGUUGGGGGCGGGGGGGACACCUGCCCUACGUAUUUGCUACGCAGUAGUACAUAUAUUUGUUAUAUUGAUAUGGUGGAUACUUAAAUGGAACACAACACUUCAUUGUGCUGCAAAAUAUAAACUAGACCCCGAAUAAAGUAAUCCUGGCGUUAUCGCGCUUCAAGUCGAAAUGGGCGUGAUAGCAGCGCUGCAUAAAUUGCUGAUUGACAGUUCAAGACUACAAUCCGAUGUAUCCGAACCUCCUUCUUGCGGCUCAUCUAAGGUACCGACCAAUGACAUCGUAGAGUGGGCGGGGUGUAACCGAAGCUAUGGCCAAUGCUAUUAGAGAAGGGGCGGGGUUAAUUGCGGAGACCACGCCUUUCACAAGGAGCCAACCGAACGGAGAUUGUUGUCCUCUCGGGGUGAAUUUUAAUUUAGCACUUCCAAGAUUGUUAAUAUCAACUGUUAAUAUUUUACUUCUCAUAAAUCACGCUCGCGUACUCCUCCGGCGUCCCCUUUGAUGGUUUCCCAUCAGUAAGUGAACGUUACGGAAUCGUCCAACAACUUCAGCUGGCUAUUCAGGAGAGUGGUCCCUCAGCCCCCUGGAGCAUGAGUUCAUAAUGAAGCGGUGUGUGGAGGAACAGGAGACUGUGUUUGCGUCCCAGCACCAGCAGCAGCAGCAGCCGCAGCGGCGGCUCCCGGGCAGUGCGGAGGCCUUCCAGCACCGCGUGCUGGCUCCCGCCCCGGCCGUGUACGAGCCCGCACCCGACAGCAUGCAGCCCACGGCGGGCGUCCAGUACGCCGGCCCUCAGGGUUACCAGGUUCCCAACGCGGCCCAGAACAGCGCGGGCCACGGGCACACCUCCAGCCCUGCCGUCCAUGGGGGGCCAGCACACCACCAGAGCCCAGCGGUACAGGCCCACGGGCCCGCCGGGAUGCACGGCCACACCCCCGCCCCCCACGCCACCGCCCAGGGACAGCAGUUCCAGAGGCUCAAGGUGGAAGAUGCGCUGUCCUACUUGGACCAGGUCAAACUGCAGUUUGGCAACCACCCUCAAGUCUACAAUGACUUCCUGGACAUCAUGAAGGAGUUCAAGUCUCAGAGCAUCGACACCCCGGGGGUCAUCAGCCGGGUGUCGCAGCUCUUCAAGGGCCACCCGGACCUCAUCAUGGGCUUCAACACCUUCCUGCCGCCGGGCUACAAGAUCGAGGUCCAGCACAACGAGCUGGUGAACGUCACCACGCCGGGCCAGAUCCACCACAUCACCCCGCACGGCAUCACGGUCCAGAACAUCCCCAUGCCGGGGGCGCCCGCUCUGUCCCAGGCCCCGCUCCACGCCCAGCUCCUGGCCCUCGCCAACCCCGCCGCAUCGGCCGCCGCCGCCGCCACCACCACCAGCGCCCCGGUUUUGCUGGCACAGCCCUCCCCGGCCAAGAUGAGCAAGACGCAGCAGUCUCCCGUCCUGACGCCGAGCGGCCAGAGCAACCCGUCCAUCCCGGUGUACACCUCCCCGCGCUCGCCGCCCCUGCAGCUCCACCCGCCCUCCGGCGCCACGCCCGCCGGGCCGGCCGCGCAGAACAACCAGCCCGUGGAGUUCAACCACGCCAUCAACUACGUCAACAAGAUCAAGAACCGCUUCCAGGGCCAGCCCGACAUCUACAAGGCCUUCCUGGAGAUCCUGCACACGUACCAGAAGGAGCAGCGGAACGCCAAAGAGGCCGGGGGGAACUACACGCCGGCCCUGACGGAGCAGGAGGUGUACGCCCAGGUGGCCCGGCUCUUCAAGAACCAGGAGGACCUGCUGUCGGAGUUCGGCCAGUUCCUCCCCGACGCCAACAGCUCUGUGCUUUUGAGUAAAACCACGGCGGAGAAGGCGGAGUCGGUGCGGAACGACCACGGAGCCACGGCCAAGAAGCUCCAGCUCAACAACAAGCAGCGGCCCAGCCAGAACGGCUGUCCGAUCCGCCGGCACCCGGCCGCCACCACCACGCCCCCCGUGAAGCCAAAGCACAAGUUACUCAAUCUGAAAGAUUCCUCCACGGCAGAGUCAAGCAAGCAUGGAGCUGGCACAGAAUCUCUGUUCUUCGAGAAGGUCCGUAAGGCCUUGCGUAGUGCAGAGGUGUACGACAACUUCCUGCGUUGCCUGGUCCUCUUCAACCAGGAGGUGAUCUCCAGGGCUGAGCUGGUCCAGCUGGUGCUUCCCUUCCUCGGAAAAUUCCCGGAGCUGUUCAACUGGUUCAAGAACUUCCUGGGAUACCGCGAGAUGUCGUCCCACAUCGAGAGCUACCCCAAGGAGCGGGCCACAGAGGGCAUCGCCAUGGAGAUAGACUAUGCUUCCUGCAAGCGGCUGGGCUCCAGCUACCGGGCCCUUCCCGAGAGCUACACCCAGCCCAAGUGUACCGGCCGCACGCCUCUCUGCAAGGAGGUUCUGAAUGACACCUGGGUGUCCUUCCCGUCCUGGUCCGAGGACUCGACGUUCGUGAGCUCCAAGAAGACCCAGUACGAAGAGCACAUCUACCGCUGUGAGGACGAGCGCUUCGAGCUGGACGUGGUGCUGGAGACCAACCUGGCCACCAUCCGCGUGCUGGAGUUGGUGCAGCGGAGGCUGUCGCGCAUGUCCGCCGAGGAGCAGGCCAAGUACCGUCUGGACAACACCCUUGGGGGCACGUCGGAGGUGGUCCAUCGCAAGGCCAUCCAGAGGAUAUACGGGGACAAGGCCGCUGACAUCCUGGACGGCAUCAGGAAGAACCCCGCCAUGUCGGUGCCCAUCAUCCUCAAGAGGUUAAAGGUCAAGGAGGAGGAGUGGCGGGAAGCCCAGCGGGGCUUCAACAAGAUCUGGAGGGAGCAGAACGAGAAGUACUACCUCAAGUCUCUCGACCACCAGGGCAUCAACUUCAAGCAGAACGACACCAAGGUGCUGCGCUCCAAGACCCUGCUGAACGAGAUCGAGAGCAUCUACGACGAGCGGCAGGAGCAGGCGUCGGAGGAGAACGCCGGGCCCCCCACGGGCCCCCAGCUGACCCUGUCCUACGAGGACCCCCAGAUCCUGGAGGACGCCGCCGCACUCAUCAUCCACCACGUCAAGCGGCAGGUGGGCAUCCAGAAGGAGGACAAGUACAAGAUCAAGCAGGUCAUCCACCACUUCCUGCCCGACCUGCUGUUCGCCCAGCGUGGCGAGCUCUCGGACGCCGAGGAGGAAGAGGAGGACGAGGACGAGGAGGCGGACGAAGAGGAGGACGAGGAGAGGGAAGGGGAGAGGGACCCUGCGGAGGGGCCCCGGCCCAAGAAGCACAACGGCGUGGCUGCGGUGGCGGCGGCGGCCGCGGCGGUGGCGGCGGGGAGCCCGACCAAGUCCAAGCUGCUCUUCGGGGGCACGGCCGCCCAGAAGCUGCGGGCGACGGGCGAGGACGCCUACCACCUCUUCCUCGUCAACAACAACUGGUACAUCUUCCUGCGGCUGCACCAGACGCUGUGCGCCCGCCUGCUGCGGCUCUACGGCCAGGCGGAGCGGCAGAUCCAGGACGAGCUCCGGGAGAGGGACUGGGAGCACGAGGUGCUGGGCCUCAAGAGGGAGAAGAACGACAACCCGGCCGUGCAGCUGCGGCUGAAGGAGCCCAUGGACAUCGAGGUGGAGGACUACUACUCGGCGUUCCUGGAGAUGGUGCGCAACCUGCUGGACGGGAACAUGGAGGCCUCGCAGUACGAGGACUCACUCAGGGAGAUGUUCACCAUCCACGCCUACACCGCGUUCACCAUGGACAAGCUCAUCCAGAGCAUCGUCCGCCAGCUCCAGCACCUCGUGAGCGAUGACAUCUGUGUCCACGUGACGGACCUCUACCUGGCCGAGAGCACCGGCGGGGCCACGGGGGGGCCCUCGACCGCGCAGGCCGCCAGCAGCUCGGUCGAGGCCCUGUACCAGCGCAAGGCCGAGCAGCUCAUGUCCGACGAGAACUGCUUCAAGCUGACGUUCCUGCGGAACCGGGGUCCGGUCCAGCUCACCGUGGAGCUGCUGGACUCGGAGGAGGACAACUCCGAUGAACCCAUGGAUGCGGGGCGCUGGUCAGACUACGUCGGCCGCUACCUGGUCUCAGACUCGACCUCAGCGGAGCUACGGGAGCACCUGGCACAGAAGCCCGUCUUCCUGCCCAGGAACCUGAGACGGAUCAGGAAGUACCAGCAGGGGCGGGAGCAGCUGGACAAGGAGGCGGGAGACGGGGCCCGGAAGUCCCUGGACAAGGAGAAGAUGGCCUGCAUGUUCCAGCUCAACUCCUACAAGAUGGUGUACGUCUUCAAGUCGGAGGACUACAUGUACCGCCGCACGGCGCUGCUCCGCGCCCAGCAGUCACACGACCGGGUGAGCACGCGGCUGCACAACCGCUUCCAGGCGUGGGUGGACGCGUGGGCCAAGGUGAACGUGACGCCGGCCAUGGCCACGGAGACGGGGGCCUGGCUGAUGGGCGAGGACCGCGAGGAGUUCCUGCCCUGCGUCACCAGCCGCAACCCGGAGGUGCUGCACUUCAUGAACGUCAACAAGUACCGCGUCAAGUACCCCGCGCCCGGUCCGGCGCCGUAGCAGUGGCGACCGCCCCAAACUGGUGACACUAGUGUGGUGUUGUUUUUGUUUGUUUUUGGUUUUAAAAGAGGAGGGGGAAAAAAGGGGGG